AUGGAAGCCAAACUUGCCAAUGGCUUAAAAUUAUUGUACAUACCAAAAAAAACAAGGAUCAGUUCCGGUCUUGGUGAUCGGCUUCCAGAGGCAUAUAAGAAAUUUUAUAAGGAAUGGCGUCACAAAGUUCCUGAACCAGUUUAUUACAAAGCUACACCAGGAAAAUGGACUAAAGACGAGAAAACUGGCGCGGUGAUUCCUGUUCAGAACAUACCAAUUCCUUUGAAGUAUCCAAAAACAAUGCAUUCUGGUAUUUGGGGAGGAGAAGCUGUAGUUCAAGGUUUCAAACAAAAUGGUAAUAAAUAUAAGAGUCGUGUUCCACAUUUUUGGACACCAACACUAAAAAAAUCAGUGGUCUACAGUGAAAUUCUAAAUAAGUACAUGUCAACUACUGUGACUGAAAAGGCCCUAGAUGUUAUCAAUAAGAAUUAUGGUUUAGACCAUUAUCUACUGAAAACAGCUGCAUGUGACUUGAGGACCACUUUAAGUUUAAAAAUUAAACGUCACAUUUUAAUGGCUCUAAGAGACAAGACUUUGUAUGCAGAUGAUAAAGUAAAACAACAAGAAGUGUACGACAAAUAUAAACACUACUUAAAGGAUUACACCCAUGAAGAAAUUGAAUGGUAUGGUUUAACAUUUUCUGAGGCUUUACUUAAGAUGCAAGAUAUAGAUGAAUUAAACGAAAAGAAAGCGCCAUUAAAGGCAAAAUAUAGACUGGAAUUGAUAGAGGAAUUGAAAAAUAGUAAUGAAACAGUAGAAGAGGAUAAAAGUUGGUUGAAUAAACUUAAUCCUUUUAAUUAG